CUGAUAUAUUAUACUGAAAGACGGGAAAUUAUCCGAAUCAAAAUGAACACGCGUUUUCGAUUUUUAUUUUGUACGAUUAUUGUUGCUAGUUUACUAAGUUUAUUUAUAAUGGGAAUAUAUGUGAAUAACAUGCGUUUUAUACCAUUUAAGAAGAACACACGAUCAUCGACGGGGAACGGUAAAGACUCCACAGAAAAAUCUGGGUUUCAGCCAGUGGGUGAUGUAAAUGAGUCAUACGUCUAUUCUGCGUUUUACGACAACAGAGACGCACCUGUUAUACGGAUUAUAGCCAUAUUGCGCGGUGAUUUACCGCAGGAUGUUUUCAAGUGUGUGUCUCAUACAGUAGCCGAACAGUAUGUUCUCUACCCAACUGUAUUAGAAUAUAUACCUGAACCCAAAAUAUGGGGAUAUAAGUACCGUUCCGGCAUAAUCAUCUGCAAGCUGGCGAAUUCUUCAAAAAACCCAGAAAUAAUCUCAGUUGUGUCUAGCUCCACACUAGAGACAGAAUCAUCGGGGAACCCUUUAAAUUAUCUCCAUAUUCAAAAACACACUAUCCCGCAACGUAAUUUCACUCGAUGCAUCCCACCUUUUUAUGACAUUCACGACAAAAUGGCGAUAAUUCAAAUGAUCGAAACUGAUCGAAUGUUUGGUAUGGAAAUGUUUAUUAUGUAUGAUUUUCGUGAAUCCACAGUGGACGAUGUGUUGAGAUUUUAUCAACGAAAUUGUGUAGUGAAGAUACAACAAUGGAAUUUACCCAUUAAAACAUCUGACAUUUACUAUUAUGGACAACUGGCGCAUAUGCACGACUGUCUGUACAGAAACAUGCACCAAUCAAAAUACGUUUUAUUCGCUGACAUAGACGAAGUAGUUGUCUCCCCUGUUUUUAAAACAUGGCAUGGCCUCACUGAUAAAUAUUUUCAAAAUAAAAACUGUGCCGCGGCAUCUUUUACUUCGGCAUUUUUUCCUACAUUUUUUAACUCAACCGCUAAAAAUUUUACCGGUAGAAGUGACGCAAUGAAGUACAACAUGACGUAUUUGUUGAAAACUACGCAUACCAGAGUUACUCCAAAUCGCUCAAAGGUCUUGGUAAAGCCGGAAUUUGUGUGUUUUAUGGACGUACAUAAGGUUGCCAAAUUCUACAGUAAGGCCUACCAUAAGUGUCCAGUUUCCACAAAAGAGGCCUUGUUACAUCACUACCGAUCAACGCACUCUCUUGACAUGCGCACUCCCUACGGAGAAGAAACCACAAUGCAUACCCUAAGUGAACGACUGGUUCCGAACAUUAUUAAAACAUUUACUAAUUUAUAGAUAAAUAAAACGCGAAGAAAACUUUUCAAGUUUGUGGAGAUUUAUUGUUGAAAAAUGUACAUGACUGUUUAGUUCUAGUCCUAAAUUUCUUUUAACAGUAGUAACUGCAGGAGGACUACACUAAACGCAAAACACACCCGAAAAUAAAAGCGAAACUACACGAACAAAGAAAUAAACAACAAUAAUAUCAAAUCAAGGGAGCCAGAUGUAAGCGUCCACUACGCAGUGUUGUAGUGAUACAGACUUCGCUCAAAUGGAAAGACAUGAUCUACAAAAAGUAUAGUACUGGCCCGAUGAAUGUUAGGGGAGCAGGCCGGAAAUGCUCGAUAGAAUUCCCGUUUACAGACGGCCACGCCGGUUGCUGGGAUUUUACCGUGUAGGGGCCUUUUGCAAUUUUGACAGCCUGAUAUUCCAUCUCGUGAAUACAGCAACUUCGAAGCGGUUUAAUACACGGUGGAACAUAUUAACCGAACAUUCAUGAAAACAUUGAUCCGAUCAAUUUGUUCGCCGUCUGCGAAUUAAAAAAAACACGAACAAAAACGUUCCGAAAAGAUGUUCGUAAAAUCGAACGUGUUAGAUAUUUGGAAUUCUGUUCGUCGUCUGUGUUGAAGCCGAACGUUUGCGAAACAGAUUUUCCCACUUUACACACAUCACCAAUCAGCGAUCACAUGAUAUUCAAAUGUUAUGUAUUAUGCCAUUUUGAAAUCACGUGAUUUUAUAUUGCGGUAAGAAUGACGUGUGUUAAUAUACAUGUAUAUAAGUCACUGGGCGUUAGAUAUUGUUCGAGUUAAAACAUUGGUUCGUCUGCGUUACCAUGUUCGUCGUCUGCGGUGAUUUUAGUUGGCUGACUGGAAUUCCAAUCAACCAAUCAAUCGUUUUCUUUCGACCGGAGAAUGUAGAGAAAAUUAACGGCCACGAACGCCCUUUCCUUCUAUUCCAGCCCGUGGAUACAGCUACAUCAAUGUGGUCAAAUAUAGCCUAACUUAGGUGGCUGACCUGAAUUUUUUAAACAACCAGUCAAUCGUUUAGUCCACAGAUGCACUGGAGAGUGAGGGAAAAUUAAACUGCUGCAAAUACGUUUUUCUGCUAUUCUAGCACGUGAGUUAAAGAUGUCCAAUGGUUUUUACAAAUUAUAUUCCAUUAUAUGACGAUCCGAAAACCCAUAACCCAAUCAGACUGUUGCAGCAGCAUUCACAAAUAAUAAUCGGUGCCCGAAAAUGUCGCACAAAGAAGAGAGGUCCCAUUCUCCACAAAAGUCUCGCUAUCCAGUCUCGCUGGCCUAGGGGGUCAACCUAGCUGAAAAGUGUACCAAUUUUCUCCUAUAUGGUAUCAAUGCAUGUAUAUCUGGUAUCAUCAGAAUGUGUUAUCCCAUGUCCAGGACAGUCACUCUGCCUAAUGUUUGCCGGUAUUAAACAGUUUAAAGGAUACAUCCAGUCUAUAUUUAUUAUAGAAGAUUCUCACUUCUACAAAUUACAGAUACUGAAAGACGGUGAAAUUAACUGAAUCAAAAUGAAAACGUUUUUUCGAUUUGUAUUUUGUACGAUUAUUGUUGCUAGUGUACUAAGUUUAUUUAUAAUAGGAAUAUCUGUGAAUAACUCUAUACGUUUUAUACGAUCAUUGACAGGGGACGAAAAAAACUACACAGUAAAAUCUGGGUUUCAGCCAGUGGGUGAUGUACACGAGUCGUACGUCUAUUCUGCGUUUUACGACAACAGAGACGCACCUGUUAUACGGAUUGUAGCCAUACUGCGUGACCAUUUAACGCCGGAUGUUUUCAAGUGUGUGUCUCAUACAGUAGCCGAACAACAUGUUUUCUAUCCAGCUGUAUUAGAAUAUAUACCUGAACCCAGAUGGGGAUAUAAGUACCGUUCCGGCAUAAUCACGUGCAAGCUGUCGAAUUCACCACAAAAAUCAGAAAUUAUCUCAGUUGUGUCCAGCUCCACACUAGAGACAGAACCAAUGAAGAACCUUUCAAAUUACCUCCAUGUACAAAAACACACCAUCCUGCAACGUAAUUUCACUCGAUGCGUCCCGUCUUUUUAUGACUUUCAUGACAAAAUGGCGCUCAUUCAAAUGAUGGAAACUGAUCGGAUGUUUGGUAUGGAAAUGUUUAUUAUGUAUGAUUUUCGUGAAUCCACAGUCAACGAUGUGUUGAGAUUUUAUCAACGAAAUGGUGUAGUGAAGUUACAACAAUGGAAUUUACCCAUUAACACGUCUGACAUUCACUAUUAUGGACAACUGGCGCAUGUGCAUGACUGUCUGUACAGAAACAUGCACCAAUCAAAAUACGUUUUAUUUGCUGACGUAGACGAAGUAGUUGUCUCCCCUGUUUUUAAAACAUGGCAUGGCAUCACUGACAAAUAUUUUCAAAAUAAAAACUGUGCCGCGGCGUCUUUUACUUCUGCAUUUUUUCCAACUUUUUUUAACUCAACCACUAAAAAUUUCACCGGUAGAAAUGACGCAAUGAAGUACAGCAUGACGUAUUUUUUAAAAACUACGCAUGCAAAAGUUCUUCCAAAACAGGGAGCUCGCUCAAAAGUCUUGGUUAAGCCGGAAUUUGUGUCUUUUAUGGAGAUACAUAAGGCUGCCAAGUUCUACAAUAAGGCCUACCAUGAGUGUUUAGUUUCCACAAACGAGGCCUUGUUGCAUCACUACCGAACAAAAUACUCCAUUGACAUGCGCACUCCCUACGCAGAAGACAACACAAUGCAUACCCUAAGUGAA